AAGUUGAAACUCGAGAGCGUGCUUGCCGGGCAUUGUAUCUCCCUUCUGUUUUGUUCUCUCUUCUCUGUGUGUGUUUCUGAGCUCUUCUCUCCUAUUUUGGGACAUUUUUUUUUGGAUUUUUUGCCUUUUGGAUCGAUGGUGAGGUUCGGAUGAGGCCAAAAGGAGGGCAGUUCCAGACGAGUUGGCGGAAAAUCUAGAAAAGAAAAAAGGGGGAAAACGAGGUGGAUUCGGCGCACGAGCGAGACCGAGAAGGGGAGAAGAGGAAAAAAAGGUGGCUUUUUAACAGGGAAAAAAAAUCCGGAAAGUUCGCUCUUUUUUGGAUCUAUAUCGGAAAAGGUGGGCUGGAGUGGUUGUUUCUGCGGUUUCCGAACCUGGGGGGUUAUCUUUCGCGGAGAAUCUUGGGUGGAUUCGAAGGAAGCCAGCUGGGUUCAUCCGUGUUGGUCCAGGGGGUGAUUGGUUGUGGGAAAAUGGUGGGUUCCUGGGGCGAAAGGGAGAGAUUUUGAUGCUGAGAACUGGAAAAGUUCCUUCCUUUGUGACCAUUUCUCGAUUCAUAGUGGGUGGAGUAGAUUUGGGAGGUGAUAAGUUUGUGGUGACAAUGGAGAAGUUUGUGAAGUUUGUGGGUUUGAAGUCUAACUUCCUCGAACCAACUCGUGACUUCUCUAGGGUUUGGUUUGCCUGCUAGAAGAAUAUCAACAACCUGGGCGGGCUGGAUGCUGGGCGGAAGACGCUUUCAGCGUUAGGUGUGAGAAUUUUGAAUUCGAGGGCUGGAGCAGGUGACGGCGGUGGACUUCUGGCUUUCCUACUUGCCUAAAGAAACUACUGUGCUUGUGAGUUAUCUUGGAACGGGCUUGCCUCAUUUGUUGCUAAAUUAUUGCAGCCUUCAGCAUUGGAAUAUUCGAGGCUUUGUAUCCAUGGAGGAAAUGAGUAUGCUCAAGAAUCACUGUAGUGCAGAAGGUGACAGGGAAUGAUGGAUCCUUUCUUUGAUGAUUGAAUUUAGGCAUCCGAGGCUUUUACUAUAUGAAAAUUUCAGUAGAACAUGAGUUCAAUUAGAUCUUGAUAUCAAUACUUCUGAUCAUUAAAAUGCCAGAGUUUUCAAAAUCUGAAACGGACUUUUCUUUUGCGGUUCUUGAUUUUGUGUUGCUGGUAGUCUUUCUAUCAUUAUGUAGUUCCCAAGGGCUAAACAUGGAAGGCCAGUACCUCUUGGAACUUAAGAGUCAAAUGACGGAUGACCUCCACUACCUUGAUAGUUGGAACCCCAAAGAUCAAACGCCUUGUGGAUGGAAGGGUGUGACUUGCACAUUUGGCUAUGAUCCUGUGGUUUACUCUCUUGAUCUAAACUCCAUGAAUCUGUCUGGAGCCAUCUCUCCGAGCAUUGGUGGCUUAGUGCACCUAACAUAUCUUGACCUUUCCUUCAAUGGGUUCUCAGGAAGAAUCCCUGCAGAAAUAGGAAAUUGCUCAAAGUUGAAGACUCUAAUCCUGAACAACAAUAACUUUGAAGGCGAAAUCCCUCCAGAAUUGGGAAAUCUCUUGCCCUUGAUUCACUGCAAUCUAUGUAAUAACAAGCUUUCUGGUUCCCUUCCUGAGGAGAUCGGAAAUCUCUCCUCGCUCGCAGAACUGGUGUUGUAUACCAAUAACUUAACAGGUCCAUUGCCUCAUUCCAUCGGCAAACUCAAGAACCUGACCAUCUUUCGAGCAGGGCAGAAUAUGAUCUCUGGAAGCUUACCUGUCGAGAUAAGUGAAUGCCAGAACUUGCAGGUGCUUGGACUUGCUCAAAACCAGCUAGGUGAUGAGAUCCCUAAAGAACUCGGGAAGCUGAGGCGCUUGACUGAACUGAUUCUUUGGGCCAAUCAACUGUCUGGAGUUAUCCCCCAGGAGCUUGGAAACUGUUCAAGCCUUCAGACCCUUGCGCUAUACCAGAAUAAUCUAGUGGGCCAUAUACCUGUGGAGAUUGGGAACCUGAAGAAUUUAGAGAAGUUAUAUCUGUACAGGAAUGGAUUGAAUGGGACGAUCCCAAAGGAGAUUGGGAAUCUUACUCUGGCAACAGAAGUAGACUUCUCGGAGAAUAUGUUGACUGGAGAAAUACCAGCAGAGUUAAGCAACAUAAAGGGCUUGCACCUGCUCUACCUCUUCCAGAACCAGCUGAAAGGUUUUAUCCCGACUGAGCUGUGUGGACUCAAGAAUUUGACUAAGCUUGAUCUUUCAAUCAACUACCUCACUGGCCCCAUCCCUAAUAGUUUGCAGUAUCUGACUGAGCUGAUCCAGUUACAACUCUUUGAUAACAUGCUGUCUGGUAGCAUUCCUCGGAGGCUUGGGGUGUAUAGUCCACUUUGGGUGGUUGAUUUUUCAGACAACCACCUCACUGGGCAAAUACCAAGACAUCUUUGCAGACAUUCUAAUCUUAUUUUGUUGAACCUAUGGUCGAACAAGCUGACAGGAAACAUCCCAACUGGUAUCACAAAUUGCAAAUCCUUGGUGCAGCUUCGUUUAGGCGGGAACAGCCUCACAGGCAGCUUCCCCUCUGAACUGUGCAAUCUGGUAAACCUAAGUACCAUUGAGCUAGGUCAGAACAAGUUUAGUGGUCCCAUUCCUCCAGAGAUAGGGAACUGUAAAGCUUUGCAAAGGCUUAACAUUCCCUGCAACUUUUUUGCUUCUGAGUUGCCAGGAGAGAUCGCUAAUCUAUCACGGCUGGUUGUCUUUAACAUUUCAUCUAACAGAUUUGGAGGAAGAAUACCUAUAUUGAUUUUCAACUGUACAAAGCUCCAGAGACUUGAUAUCAGCCAGAAUCGCUUUGUGGGCACAUUACCAAAUGAAGUUGGAAACCUCCUGCAGUUGGAAUUGCUGAUUCUUUCUGAUAAUAGGCUAUCUGGAAAUAUACCCUUGAUUUUAGGACAGCUUUCUCGUUUGACAGAGUUGCAGAUGGGUGGUAAUCAGUUUAGUGGUAGAAUCCCAGAGGAAUUAGGUGGACUUUCAAGCUUGCAAAUUGCAAUGAAUCUCAGCUAUAACAAUCUUUCUGGGUCUAUGCCACAAGAACUUGGAAAUCUUGCUCUAUUGGAAUUUCUUUUACUCAAUAAUAAUCACUUAACUGGUGAAAUCCCAUCCACAUUUGCAAACUUAUCCAGUUUACUUGGUCUUAAUGUCUCGUACAACAAUCUCACUGGUCCUCUUCCCCAGAUUUCUUUGUUUCAAAACAUGCCCUUGAGCAGCUUUGUAGGAAAUAAAGGGCUUUGCGGUGGACCUCUUGGUGAAUGUGUUGGAUCUCCAUCUUCGUCUACUCCAUCAUCAUUGAGAACAAGAACCCCCUUGGGGAAGAUCAUUGCUAUAAUCGCUGCUGCUGUUGGAGGGAUUUCACUUGUUCUUAUUGCUGUGAUUGUAUAUUUUAUGAGAAGACCGCUUGAGACUGUCGCUCCUUUGCAGGACAAGCAGCUUUCUUCUGCAGCAUCAAGCAUGUACAUUUCCCCAAAGGAGGGAUUUACAUUCCAAGAUCUGGUUGCUGCCACAAAUAAUUUUGAUGAGGGCUUCGUAAUUGGAAGAGGUGCUUGUGGGACGGUAUACAGAGCAGUCAUGCAGUCUGGACUGACUGUUGCUGUAAAGAAGUUAGCAUCAAAUAGAGAGGGGAGCAAUACAGACAACAGCUUUCAUGCAGAGAUUUUGACUCUUGGAAAGAUAAGGCAUCGAAACAUUGUGAAGCUAUAUGGUUUCUGCAAUCACCAGAGCUCCAAUUUUCUUUUGUACGAGUACAUGUCAAGAGGCAGCCUGGGUGAGCUGCUUCACAGGGGAUCUUCUUCUAGCCUUGACUGGGAUACACGUUAUAUGAUUGCCCUUGGAGCUGCGGAGGGGCUUUCAUAUUUGCACCAUGAUUGUAAGCCCCGCAUCAUUCACCGAGAUAUCAAGUCUAACAAUAUUUUACUUGAUGAAAAUUUUGAAGCACAUGUUGGAGAUUUUGGAUUGGCAAAGCUAAUUGAUAUGCCAUACUCAAAAUCAAUGUCUGCAGUUGCUGGAUCUUAUGGGUACAUAGCACCUGAAUAUGCUUAUACAAUGAAGGUCACAGAAAAAUGUGAUAUUUAUAGUUAUGGAGUUGUCCUUUUGGAGUUGCUGACUGGAAGAACACCUGUUCAGCCAUUAGACCAAGGUGGUGACCUUGUUACGUGGGUAAGAAAUUACAUUAAGAACAAUUCUUUGACUCCUGGAAUACUUGAUGGUAAAUUGAAUCUAAAAGACAAGAAUGCUGUCGAUCACAUGAUCACAGUUCUGAAAAUUGCUUUGUUGUGUACAAGAAUGUCACCAUUUGAUAGACCACCAAUGCGGCAAGUUGUACUGAUGCUGAUUGAGUCUAAAGAGAGAGCUGGGGGCUUUGCAUCCUCACCAGUUUCUGAUCUCUCACCAAAGGACAAUCACUCAUAAUGUAUUUGUAUGCUGCAUUGAUUAAAGUAUAAGUUUUUGCUUA